AUGUCUAAAACUCGUUAUAUAAAUACAAAUAUUGAAUUUCCUGCCGAUCGCGUAAUAGACAAAAUUCCUUCUCCGUUUUUAACCAGGUGUUCUCCAUAUGUUACACAAACAUUUAAUUCAAAAUUAGAUACAUCAUUAAAUAAUAUUGCAGACGGUACAAUGAUGAGUAAAAUAAUUGUGAUAGGAGAUGUGUCUGUAGGAAAAACAUGUUUGGUAAACAGGUUUUGUAAGAAGAUAUUUGAUGGCAACUACAAAGCGACAAUUGGAGUGGAUUUCGAAGUUGAAAAUUUUUUAAUAUUGAAUGUUCCAUUUGCUUUGCAAAUUUGGGAUACAGCUGGCCAGGAAAGAUUUAAAUCGAUAGCUCAAUCUUAUUACCGAGGUUCAAAUGCUGUGGUAAUUGUGUUCGAUCUUACAAAACCAGAUACUCUUCAUAACUGUCACACGUGGUUAAUGGAGGCAUCGCAGACAUUUUCAGCAAAACCGCCAUAUUUGUUCGUGGUAGGAACCAAAAGAGAUCUCAUAAAAACAUACGCGUAUAAGAAUAUAGAAGAAUGCGCCAUUCGUGUAUCAACGAAACUGAAUGCCGAAUACUGGGCGAUAUCUUCCAAAACUGGAAAAAACGUUGAUAAUUUGUUUAGAAGAAUAGCAGCUUUGACGUUUCAAGAAUGUGUCAGAAGGGAAUUAGAAGGAAAACGGUUCAAAGAGAUAGGAAACGAUAUAGUUGCUCUUCAACCAAAGACGACGCAAAAAAGGGGAAAUUGCGCAACUAAAUGCAAAAAUUGA